GUAUUGUGCUGCUUUUCAUUUUGCUUAACUGGGGUUUUUAGUUCUCCGAGUAACAGUAUUAGCUGAUUCUCUGCAGACAGAACAGAACAGCGCGUUGUCCCCAGGGAAAGAAGCUAUUUCAGACUUAACUAAGGAAUCAUCUAACAUGUUUCAACAACCCCUACUGUUUCUCUGUUUGUUUUAAAGAUAUCAGUGUGAUUUUGUUUCAUUUGCAACUGGAGACUAAAUGACACCAAGCAGAAUCUCCUGUUAGGUUAGAUUACAAGGACAUUUUCCGAGACACACGAAAGCAUGCAGGCUUCAUCAUUUGUCUACUGUUUGCUGCUUGUCUCUCUGUGUAUUGAUUUUUCUCAAAAUGAACCUAGUGCAGUUCCUAGGAAGCAAAGGAGAAGAAUGCGCAAUGGAGGAGCAGGGAAGGGCUCCACUGCCCAGCGCAGGUCCCUGAGACAGCCAAGGAUGAAGCUUCCAGCUCCGGUUGCUGUAGCACCCAGCAUACCUCUCAUUAAUAUCGAUGACGGUGUUAUGGGAGUAUUUGACUCUCUCAUAGGUUUGGGUGGACAUGAAUCUAGUUAUAGUGUCUUACCAGGAAAAAAGGGUCAGUGCACAGCUAAUGGGAUGAUUAUGUUUGAUAAAGCUGUCUGGUCUCCCAAGCCCUGUGUGACUUGUCUCUGUUCAAAAGGAGAAGUAAUCUGUGAUACAGCUAUGUGCCACCCUUUGAAGUGUCCAAAAACUAUUAUACCUCCAGGAGAAUGCUGCCCAGUUUGUUCUGAUACUGCUUCUUCAUUGGAUUCAAAUAUUAUUUCACUGGAUGAUAUAACUGAGUUGUCUGGUGAUUCUCCAGCACCCAAUGACCUUGACAACCCCAAUGUUCUGCCAUCAGCACAUACUCAAACUGAAAAAGAUGAACUGCUCAGAACAGAAGUGGUAGAGUUUAAAGACAAAGAUGUUCAUAGGAAGGAUGAAAAGAAAAGAAGAAGGAAAGGCAAAAAAAAUCGACAUAAGCAUAAAGUGUAUCAGAAAGAAAAGAGGCCUAUCACAAGAAAGGAUGAAGAAAGAAGGCUAUCAUUUGAAGAGGAAGACCUACAACUUCAAAAAGAAGAAAUAAAGAAAAGGGAAGAAAUAAGAACAAGAGUGAGAGAUACAGAGGAAGAACAGUAUGAAAGUGAUGAAGAUGAUGGUACUUUCGGAAUGCCAUCUCGUUUCCCCAUUCCUAUUCCACCUAUAGAAGCUCCUCCUUUGCCAUCUGGAUGUUCCACCUCAGAAUCCACAGUAAGCUGUAUUAAUGCCAAACUUACACAAAUACCACCCAUCACAGAUCCAGAUCUCACAAGUCUAGAUCUUACAGGAAACAUUAUUACUACUAUCUCAGAUGAAGCAUUCAAUGGGAUACCUAAUUUGGAAUGGAUUGAUUUGAGUAAAAAUAAUAUUACCUCUUCUGGCAUAGGUUCACAUGCGUUCAAAAUCCUGAAAAAGCUCAAACGCUUGUAUUUGGAUGGAAAUAUGCUGGUACAUAUUCCCUCUAGAUUGCCAUCAACUUUGGAAGAAAUAAAAAUAAAUGACAACCAGCUCCAUGCCAUUGAUGAAGAUGCCUUACAAGAUUUAAAGAACCUGGUCACCUUGGAAUUAGAAGGAAAUAAACUUAGUGAAGCAAAUGUCAGUCCCUUGGCCUUCUAUCCUUUGAAAAGUCUCUCUUAUUUGCGACUGGGAAGAAAUAAAUUCAGAAUUAUCCCACAAGGUCUUCCCACUACUCUUGAGGAGUUAUACCUUGAAAACAAUCAAAUUGAAGAAGUAUCAGAAAUUUGCUUUAACCAUACAAGAAACAUAAAUGUCAUUGUGCUAAAGCAUAAUAAAUUAGAAGAACACAGAAUAGCACCUUUGGCUUGGAUAAACCAAGAGAACUUGGAAUCAAUUGAUCUCUCCUAUAAUAAGUUGUAUCAUGUUCCUUCCUAUCUGCCAAAAUCCUUACUACACCUGGUACUUAUAGGAAAUCAGAUUGAAAGGAUUCCAGGAUAUGUCUUUGGUCAUAUGAAGCCAGGGCUGGAGUAUCUCUACCUGUCCUUCAACAAACUCACUGAUGAUGGAGUUGAUCCAGUAUCAUUUUUUGGAGCAUAUCACUCUCUGAGAGAGUUGUUUUUGGAUCACAAUGAAUUGAAGUCUGUACCUUUUGGAAUUGAAGAAAUGAGAAAAUUACGUUUUCUAAGACUGAACAAUAAUAAAAUAAGGACGGUCCCUCCAGAACGCAUCUGCAGGACUCAUCCCGAUGAUGUCAAUGACAACAGUGAAGAGGACGAGAACGAAGAUUCUCGUCUAGAACACGUUCAUCUUGAAAACAACUACAUCAACACAAGACAGCUAUCACCACAUGCAUUUUCGUGCAUAAGAUCCUAUUGCAGUGUUGUUCUUAAACCACAGAAGAGUAAAUAAAUACCUAACUUUUGCAUUGCAAAACCUCUCUCUAGACAAACAGGUUUAUUUAUUCUUUGCUACCAAAAGGUCUGUCUAUUUCUGAUCUAAACCCUUUUACUGCGAUAAACUAUAUAGAAGACAUUAUUUACUGUAGUAAGGUAUUGGUGCAUUUCUUUAUAUUGUUUCAUUAUACGAAAGAUUAAAUGUAAAAAUAGAAGCUCAAGACUGUCAUAAAUUUCUAUUUCCAUUUCUACUGACGAAACUUCUACUUCAACAGAUGAUAUUGUGAACUCAGACACCCUCACAUUAAAUUUCAGAAGAAUCAUAGGAUAUGCUGAGUGGGAAGGGACCCACAUGGAUCACAGAGUCCACCCCUGGGUCCUCACCAUAUGCCUGAGAGCACUUUCAAAAGAGAAUAAUAUAGCUAAACACUCAACUUGUUCCAAUUUAAACUGACUAAUUGAAUUUAAGUCAUUUUAAAUGAUGGUAUUAGCUUUAAAAAUGAUACAAAUGAAAAUCCCUAAACUAUGAACAUUCAAGUAGUGCAAGGAUCAAAUUUCAUAAAACAUACCUGUUACUAGAGAAAUUUCCUACACAGAUUUUUUUCUCUUCCACCUGACAUUUCAAGGAAAAAAUACUAAACUCUUUGUUUUAGAGAGAUGACCCCAGUAUUCAAAUGCAGAAUUUGAUGAGUUAGAGGAACUAAUUUCUGUCUGGAUUUUUUAAACAGUGUAUAAAUUAUUAUCUUUUAUUAUUAUUAUUAUUAAACAAGGAUGGUAGGUCCCAUUCACUUGUACAAUCCUUAGUUUAAUCAGAUUUUUAUACUGUACAGGAACAGGAUCAUGUUGCCUAUUUAUAUGACUAAUUAGACCUCCUUGAAACUUUCAAACAUCCAGUUAGUAGUUAUUUGAAAACUUCUAGAUAGUCAAAAGAUCACACUUGUAGAGACAAUAUUGAUACAGCAGUUUCAGGUGAUUCUGUGAUUUGAUAUUAAUGUUUGCUUAGGUACACAAAGUAAGUAUUUACGAAUAGAUCUGUAUCCCUAGAAAGGAGUUCAAUCUCUUGGAGAAUUCAAAGGAAAGAAGCCUUUUUAAUAUUCUGCUCCGGUUUCAAUAUUACAUUCUUUUUCUAAAGUGGUCUAUUUUUUUUUAAUAGAAAAUACCUAAUAUUUUUCUUUUAAAGAAUAAAUUCCAUUAAAAUUCAAAGUAAUUCUAGCAUCUUUCAUAUUUAUUUAAUUCUACAGUACUUGUUUGAAAGAGUAGGCUUGUGAUAGGAAAUGAUCAGAGAUAACUGACAAAUCAUUUUUCACACAAUUACUUUCCACUUGCUCUUGGGCUAUUCUGUAAGGAAUGAAAAAAAAUUUACUCUGUUUUCUCCAGUACUAUAGGCAUGCCGCUUAAUCUUCAGAAUGGGUGGGAAGAAAGGAUGAAAUAGCUUAAUAUAGGGACUGACAUUUCAAAAGGCAUAUAAAAACUGUAAGCAACUGCACACCAUAAAAAACCUUCUAGGGAUACAUAUCAACUACUGGAUUGUAAUUUUCUUCCCUUCACUCUGGAAUUGAGGGUUUCAUGAUGCAUUUCCCAAACAUCCCAAUCUACUUCCAGCAAAUGUGCUAUAUAAUUAGCAUAAAUAUAUCACUCAUGACCACUUAACAGUGAAGGUUCCUCCCCCAUUUUAACGUACUAUAGACAGUCUAUACAACACCUGACUUCUGUUUUCUCUGAAGCUAUACAAUCAUGAUGAAAGCAAAAUUACCUUGUUCUAAGUUCUCUCUUAUUCAUAUAAACUAUUACCUGCGAGGCACAUUGGUACUUCAUGUGCAGUUAAAAUACAAUGUAUCUCUUGUACGAAAAAAUUCUAAGAUAUGCGGACUUUUGUAAAAAGAUUGCUUUGGAUGUUUUGUUGGUCACUAGUCAUAUGGUAAUGAUUUCUUUCUCCAGUAUGUGCUUUUUCACUUUUAAGAUACCAUAAAAGUGAAUUUUAAGCAAGUCA